GGCGGCAGCUGUAAACUUGGGCUGACUAUUUAUCAGCAUUGUUAAACCCGACACCUCAACGGCGAUGGUAAUGUGCGCAUGAAUAACACCAGCAACUAUGGUUAAGGUGCUACGAUGUUAUCAUUUCAAAUCGCAGGCUGUUAUACCUUGUGAUGGCGAACCCGUCGCCUUGCACGCCUCUCCAGGCCGCCUGUUCGUGGCAACAGCUGAUCGUCAAGUUGAGGUCUACGAACUGGGAAAGGCAGGAUUUCCAAAGCUCUGCAGAUUUUCAACAGAGGCAUCUGUCACUCAGAUCAUCUACAAUGCUGCCGGUGAUUACAUUGCAACGGUGGAGACAAAGAAGUCAAUUCUGGGUGAAUACAAGUUUGUCAAAGUGUACUUGAGGUGGUAUGUAGAUCAGGGGAGACAACCUGUGAAAGUGAGAGUGGCUGGGAAACCACCCAGUUUGAAUACUAAGGAGAUGAAGGGAGAGAAGGCCGAGGUGAUUGAUGUGCCAGUGUCUGAGAACAUCCUGUCAAUCACGUCAUGUCACACCACAUCAAACUUAGCUGUUAUUGCAGAGAACAAAGUCUUCCUCUACCACCUUGUUAAUAAGCAAGCCCAUGGUAUGGAACGUGGCUAUCAGGACAUUUUGUUGUUUUUGCAACUGAACUGGGACUGUGCAGUAUUAAGUGUGUCUCUAUGUCAGGAGUACUUGGCAUGUUUGAAUUCAAAGUGUGCUCAGUUAGUCAAGAUAUGGUACAAAGCUCCACCUGGUGAGGAAAAGCUUCCAACAGUUGCCAGCAAUGAAUCUGAUGAUGUGGAGACUCAGGGAGAUUGUCCCAUAGAGGAGAAGUCAAACGAUAAUGAAACAAAGACAGAUAAUAAUCAGAAAGAUGAAGAGCCCUUUAGGGGGUUUUCAGUAGACCAUUCUGAUUCGCCGAAUAUGUUGAGUUUCGUGGACCAUCUGAAGUAUUCCACCAUUGGAAUGAGAGCCUCUCCAAGCCUGUCAAACUUGGCACCUGAAAGCACAUCCAGCAAAACAGGAAAAGGGGAAUGCGAAACCAUCAGCGAUGGGGAGGACUUUGUUCUUUGGGACUUCAGUGAAGAUACGAUCAGUUUGCAGUUUGGGGGAGAAGAUUCACAGCCAAGAGCCCCAUCUGUGAUCAAACCUAUGUCUAAGACAAUUUUUCUGAAGGGGUUUCAUGCCCCGUCUGGUGGAAUGUCUCCCAUGAGUGUUCCCUUACAGGGGAAGCCAGUACCUCCCCACAUUGUUGAUCACAGAGAAGAUUUCUCCCAGAGAGAUCAAGUUCAGAUCAGCGUCAUUAUCCAAGUGAAACAACGCCAUAACAGCCUAUUUAAAGGAAUCCAACUGAUCCCAACCUAUCGCAACAAGCACCACAGUAUGUCCGCAGGCUUUAACACACUGUUUAACCAUGAUACCAAAGAAGAUGAGAUAAACAAACAAACUGACCCCCAGGGCGAUGCAUCUGCUCUACCACCUCCAGGGAUCAGUGCCCCCUCCUCUCAGCCCUCUACCUUGGGAGGACUGAGUUGCUUCCUAGAGGCGGGGUAUAAUGGGGUUAUGUACUCCGUCUUACCCACACCACACCUUCUAUCACACUACAAGUUCGCAUCAGAAGCCUUAAAGGUGGUGUGCAGUCCCAGUGUGAUACAUGUCAUCACCGGGGUGGGUGUGGAAACCUACACAUCAAGGUGUAAUGUCGCAGCAUUGCACAACAUGGAGACGUUUGACAACAUUACCAAAACUAUUCCCCCACCUGAUCUGGAGACGUGCCUGGUCAGCAUUCAGCCAUUCAUUGGCACCAGACAGGCAGCCAUGUCAGACCGUCAUCUUCACCUUUUGACUAAAGUGGAGAGUCACUUUCCAGCUACCAAACCAUCCAAAAGACGAGAAACCAAUUGGAGCUUGUAUGUGCUGGAGCCAAGUUUAGUCUCGGACCUUUAUAAAGAUAUGGUUAUGUUGGGUACAAAGAACCAAGAGUCGUCUCCCCCUACUUACCUUCAUCUUCUGCUAGAGGGAUUCAUAGCGCUAAAAUCGUAUCUAAUGGAGAGUAACACUGAUGAGCUUAAGGUGUUAGAUUUGUUGUCUGAGUGCUGUGCCUUGCUAGGGGAUUACUACUCACAGCCUGGGUGUGGGGAGUGGAGGCUGGCCUUACCCUACUACCUGAUGUCAGGUCUGACCCCUGAGGAUAUACUCAGACAAGCCGUCCUCCACCAACAGAUCAGCAAGACUUCUAUAGAUGGCUUUGGACAAGGACUGAUGAAUUACCUGAACUAUAUUCUGUUUGAAGACAAAUCAGAGCGAGAAAUAAAAACAGAGUACUGUGACAUAAUCCUCAAGUGCUAUGCGGAGGCUGAUCCUUCCAACCUCUCCAAAGUAAUUAUGUUCGGCAAAUACCAAAACUUUGAUACUGCUAAAGCCAUUUCACUAGUAGAGGAUAACAUACGUGACAGUGCUAAUGUUGAGAAGAAACACAGGUGUACUGAUUUGCUGUGUUCAGCUGUCCUUAACCUGAGGCUGUGUGAACCUGACAAAGCUCUGUCUGCAUUAAGUACUGUCUCAAAGGCUGAUGUCAUCCGAAUGUGUGUAGAAAAUCCACAACUUCUCCACACAGGCACCAUGGAGUUAUCUCCCUUGUCCCAAUUGAUGAGGCAGCAUUUUUCUCCGGUUUUCAUCACAAUCCUUGUGGCGCUUCAGGACUCAGCCAUUAUUCCUGUUGACAUGGCGCUGACUUUACUCAAGAGUAAUGUUUACCAGUCAGAAGUCCACAGGAAUACUCAUGUGAAGGAGUACUUGGAAACUCUGAUAAAUGAUGAAAGGCGACAAAAAAUAUUUGAUGAAGCAGCGACAUUGCUUUGUGACAUCUAUCUGAUGAGGCUGAUGGAAUGGAAGCCACCUAAAUCCAGAAACUUUCCUGUUCCACAGUUCACUAUGCCCAAAGGGUCUGGGUUUUUUGGUGCCCGAUUCAGCUGGUUGGAUCACAUGCCUCCAUUUUAUUGUCCAGACAAUAUGAAGCAGCCAUGUCAGUAUCUACAGUUCUCCAAACCAGGGCUUGGUUUAAGGGCAAAGGUCAUGUCGCAGCCAAUCAGAAUUGAUCAGCAAACUAUGAGCAAAGAUGGCUGCCCAUGUUGUCUUUGUAAUGAGGAUCUUCUCAAACUGCAGGCAAUUCUCAGCAGCCGAUUUGUUACAGAAAAAAUUGUCCGACUGGUCUUAGACAGACUACAGGGUUGGGAGGCAAGCAGCAUGUACGAGUCGCUAUGGUUACUCUGCAUGACUUACAUUGAUUUUCGACAGUCAGUUGACAUCCUGGUGGAAAAAUACCCCUCUGUCCUGCCAGAGUUUCUUGUGGGAUGCAUAGGCAAGAACACGGACAAACUGCGGUAUACCCUGGAGUCGCUGAUCUGUGCCCUGCGUAAAGCCGCUGCUCUCCCCACUCCAGAAGACAACAGUUAUGUGGACUCCGUCAAAGGUGUACUGGGUAUGAUGGCAGGUCUGCUUCCUGUUGAUCAGUUCAUCCAAUUGCUCCCAACAGACGGCAGCCUGCUCGCCUUCCUUCCUUACAUCAUCAAGUGUUGUCAGACUGAAGAAUUACACCACCUGGCCUCACAGAUAACAGGAAAGGGAGAUAACUUAAGAUCAGGGGUGUGAAUAUUAAUGUUUACAUGCUCAAGACUGGAGAAAGUCAAGAACAUGCUGGGUGGAAAUAACCUGCAAUGCAGCAGGUGAAAAGUUAAUUUUACCAGGUUCAACUGUUGGUUUGGUUGAGGCUGUGUGAAAACCACCAACCUUUGGGAAGUUACUGAGUGACCUUCCCACAUGUGAUGUAGAGAUAUCCAUUUUAGUGGAGCCUCACUGGACACUUACUGUUACCAAGGGCCCACCUGUAGUGAGAACGAAUUAAUUUUGUUCAUCUGCAUUAAAUUCAACUUAUUUAUGAUGUUGACAUUCUCUGCUUGUAUAACACUAUGAGUUUUCUUCCCUUAAGAAAUUGGUUCUUUAUUUAUGCAUAUGCAGAAAUAUACGAAUAAUUUUAUAUAUUCAUCUUGUACAAGUAACAUGUCACUGAAGACAUGUGUUUAUCAAGUCAUCAAUAAAAUAUUGUGAACAUUGAAAAUAUGUUGAUCAAGUACAUCAAAAUAUAAAUAUAAAUUAAAAUAUGUGAAAAGCCUUGUGCCAUAAUAUUAUGCCACUUAAGUUAUUGAAAUGAUUGUUAGAGAAUGUACACAUUUGUACCUAAAUUUGAAUUUUAACUGUGGGUUUUAGUGAUUGUGAUGUAAGACUUCAAUGUUGAAUGACCUAACACAGACGGUUACACUGAAGUGACAAAAUAGAGAUCAGUUUGGAUUACAUAUACAUGUACUGUCCUUCAGAUUAUGUUCGUGUAAGUUCAUAUAUACAAAGAUUUUGGGUGAUUUUUAUUUUUGUACAUGUCAAUCCAUGUAUUGAAAUGAAAAUAAUUUUUUCUCUGGAAAAGUCGUCAUGGAACUCUUGGAUUUCUGUUGUUAUUGUGC